AGCCCUGAAAGAGACCGCCAAAAAAAAUAUUGACAUGCUGCCCCGUGGAACCCUCUUAUCAGAAUCCAACAUUGUGUCAUCGGAAAUGAUUUGAUGGAAAUUCUGCCGUGUCUCCUGCUCAUGUAUAUCGUUCUGCACAAGACGGAAUUGAACCCACCCCUCGCCUUGCAGCUCGUGAUCUUCACGCCAGCAUGCUUCUUGGCACCCGAAAGUCGCGAGCGGGAGUUCCAGGUCGAUGUGAUUACAUCGUAUUCUCCAUCUGUUGGGAGUGCAAGAAGGUCUAGUGAAGCGACUUUUGUGGAGGGGGAUUCCUUUCGUGGGAGUCCUGCAUUUGCGUCCGGGCCUGCGGCAGAGAUGAUGGUUAGGAGCGCUCUUCUGCAGAUCACAUCCAUUUCGCCAAGUUGGUUCAUCCUUCAACUUCAUCUUGUCUUCAAGGGAGUCCUGAAUGGUUCAGAGAGAAUCCACCCAGAGGUAUUGCUCGUCGAGUUUCUGGCAAAGAGAGAUUGCAUCCUUGAUAGUAUCUGGAAGAGAGCCCAUUAUGUCGAACAGCGCUCUAGAUUGUCUUAGUUCCGGAAGGUUUGAUUUGCUCAUCAGUCGUAGAAAAUGGGACCAUGCCAGGCGGGAAAUGCGACUGAAAAUAUCUCAGGGUUGCCUCCAU